CUGUACAGAUAAAUAGUCCGGUCAAAAGGCGCUGCUCGCGGGAGUGCGGGCCAAGGCGGGCCCGGCGCCGACUUCUGGGCCGCGCGCUCUCCUUAGCGACGGGCUCACUCCCGCUGCGGGACCCAGUCCCCGGUCCUCCUCCGAGGCCGGCCCGGACCCCGCCUCCGAAGGAGCACCAGGCGGAGGCCUGGAGACCGGCCCGGGGGCGGGAGGCGGGCGCGGGGGGCGCAGCGAUGUCCACCGGCUCGGUGAGCGACCCGGAGGACAUGGAGCUGCGGGGGCUGCAGCGAGGGUACCCGGUCCCCGCGUCCAGGAGGCCGCCCCUCCGCGGCGCAGAGCGCGGCUACGCCUCCCCCAGUGACCACUCGUCGGCGGAGGACGAAGACCCCGACGGCGAGGAGGAGCCGAGCGCGCUGGGCGCGGCGGGCGGCGCCGGAGGCUGCAAGAGAAAGCGGCCCCGGGCGGCGGGGGGCGGCGGCAAGAAGCCCCUCCCGCCCAAGGGCUCGGCCGCCGAGUGCAAGCAGUCGCAGCGGAACGCGGCCAACGCCCGCGAGCGCGCCCGGAUGCGCGUGCUGAGCAAAGCCUUCUCCAGGCUCAAAACCAGCCUGCCCUGGGUGCCCCCCGACACCAAGCUCUCCAAGCUGGACACGCUGCGCCUGGCUUCCAGCUACAUCGCGCACCUGCGGCAGCUGCUGCAGGAGGACCGCUACGAGAACGGCUACGUGCACCCGGUGAACCUGACGUGGCCGUUUGUGGUCUCGGGACGACCCGACUCCGACACCAAAGAAGUUUCAGCUGCCGGCAGACUCUGUGGGACCACCGCUUAGGUCGAAUUUGAACGCCAAGGACUACUGGUUAAGCGCCUGCGUUUGGGGCCACGGAAAGGAGACUACGUGAGAACCCUCAAAGAAUGGGGGAAAGUCCCAUUGGAUUCUCCUAGACACCCCCCACGCCGAAUUUUGAACAUGAAAAGUGGCAGGCAUGGGGGGCAGAGCCCUAGGGCGGCGUUGCUGUCCUCGCGGGGCGCCUAAGGCGUGGAUGCAGCGGGAAGAGCUUGCCAGGCUCAGAUCUGACCUCAGGCUCCAGCAGUGUAGCCCCUCACGCUGCCUUCAAGCCCAGCGCCGAGCCCAUGGGGUCAGGGUUCCAGCCGCGCCAUAUAUAUUUAUAUAUGCAUUACACGUGAUGGCACUCUCCGCACAGCCCAGCCUUUCCCUUAGGCUGGUUAGGACGCUCUCUCCCUGACAACCGGCUUCAAAGACAGGCAUCUUCACUAAGACCCACAUCGGGCAGGUUUUCAAGUUGCAGAGAGGAGAGUGAAUUCCUGGGUGGGCUUAGUAUCCCGGAGGGCGGCGCCCUCCAAGCGGACGGACAGACCGGUGGGUGCCCUCUCUCUGUCCCAGAAGCGGGAGCAGUCUGAGACCACCUGAGCCUUUUGCCCCCGUGCUCCUCGCAGCUAGGCCUCCGUGCUGCGGGCAGACCCCUCACUUCCCUGGGCUCCCUACCCUUCCUGACCAGGCUUAGGUCGAUCCUGUCCCCUCCUAGGGGUGAGUCACCCCCUCCUGACCUCUCCAGGCUCCGUGUCCUUCAGUCUUUCCUCUACCCCCUCCUUGCAGAGUCCCCUUCCACUCCUCACUGUCCCUAUCUGUCCCCCAACUCCCCCACCCUGCUCCCCCUGCAGCACCACCUCCCCGGCCCACUGUCUUCCUCCCUCCUGGCACUGAGCCUGUUCGGUACCUAAUGACCAUGCUCAGGGGGAACAAACCGCUGCUGGAGGCUGCACUACCAGUUAAUUAGCAAAUGUAAAUAAGUUUAUUUUUUUACGAAUAAUAAAACGCAUUGUGAAAAGUGAGUGCCCUGG